AUGUACGAAGGAGAAGUCGAUCUUGGAUACGGCAACCGUUUGGAGCUCGAUGAGUUGGAAAUUGAUAAACAGAAGUGGAUGGAGCCGAUUGCUGAGGAGGAGGAUGUGGCCAGGCCAGAGGAUGAGACUUUCGAGGGACGCAGAUUUGAUUUUGAGGGCAAGGAACGGUAUGGCUCGGAUGGUGGAGGAAAAUACGAUCCGGUGUUGUAUCAUCAUGGAGAGGAGCCUGGAAAACCGGGGUACACAGUUCAGGAGUUGUUGGUAUUAUCGGACUCGAAUAAUGCUGGCCAGAGACAGCUGGCUAUCCGUACUCUGGGGAACAUCAUUGCAAAUGACGCGGAUGUCAGUGGACUUUGGAUAAGGCACAGACAAGUUCAUGUCAGAUUUGCGGUAUCUGUUUCACACGCUAAUAUCAACGUACGGCAUGCUGCCGUUGCCUCUCUAGAGCAGCUCUUGGUCCGCUUCCCCAGCUUCAGCAAGGAUCUGGCUGACAUACCAGAAUUCCUCAUAGCCCUUGAGAACGUCGUCAAACAGGAGAUGUUUUCGGUGGACGAAGAGGAAACCCCAGCAAUGGUCUCCCUGGCACACGUCCUGGCCUUACUAUUGCCGUUGGCGAGCAAGCUCCAGGAUAUAUGCGCUGAUGUGGUGAACUUUGUGGCUGAGAAAUACAGG